ACAUCGAAGAAGAAGAAGAAUAUUAUAGAAGAAGUGGUGGCAUGCUUGAAGGUUAGCGACACAUUUAACGAAAUACAAUAACAAUUACCAGUCACACACUGAGUAGCAAGUUAUGCAAUUAUCGUGUAGAACAUGGUAAUAUAUCUGCAUUGGAUAUAACAAAGCUACUACACAAGUCGCGGUGAUUCCAGCUAGCUAUGGCCAGUCUGUCGAACUACGCCGUGCGUAUGGCGCGUCUCAGCGCACGUAUCUUUGGGGAUGUGGUGCGUCCCACAGACAACAAGUCCAUGAAGGUGGUCCAGCUGUUCAAGGAGCCACCCAUGGCCCAGAAGAAGGAGGUGUAUGACUGGUACCCCCAACACAAGAUCUACUACGCCCUUACACAGAAGCUACGAUACAUGGGACUCUUCAGAGAUGAGCACGAGGACUUCAAGGAGGAGAUGCGUCGGCUGAGGAAACUGAGAGGCAAGGGCAAACCGAAGAAGGGAGAAGGGAAGAGGGCCACCAAGAAGAAAUAGAUAGUUCCCUGCCCUGUCACAGAGGACCUAUGGGGUGAUCAGAACUGGCCUCGUUUGCUCUGGGACACCAGAGGAAUGGCCUCCCUCACAACGGUAUCAUGUGACCCCACUCCGGAUGUUUAUAUUGACUGGACCUUUUGGAUCAGCCGAUGUGUGUGUAUUUUAAAGAUCCUUCUAAAUCCCAUCACAGAAGAUCCUAUCUGACAAGUUACCAGUCUUUGUGACCACUGUGUGUUUGGUAUGUAAAGCAUCCUGUUCUUUGCUUUACAAGAUGUUUCAUUAUGCUGCAAUUGUAUCCACGUUAGCGGCUUUCCAUUCUUAAUACUAUUUGUACAGUGAAUGGGUGAAGGAGAACUGGAGGGCAUCAGUACAUACAAUUGUGACGCUAGUAUGUUCAUAUUGACUGGGACAAAGCUGGUGAUUUUACAUGUUUUUGAGCAACACAUCACAUCAGGUGUCAUGAAUAAAAUACUGAAAACAAAAUCUG